GUCAAGUAUAUCCAGCCAGGUCACUGUAUUAUCCGCAGGUCACUGUAUUAUACAGCCAGGUCACUGUAUAUCCAGCCAGGUCACUGUAUUACAUCGGCAAAGGUCACUGUUUAUCAGCCAGUCACUGUUUAUCCAGCCAGGUCACUGUAUAUCCAGCCAGGUCACUGUAUUACUCAGCCAGGUCACUGUAUUAUCCAGCCAGGUCACUGUAUUAUCCAGCCAGGUCACUGUAUUAUCCAGCCAGGUCACUGUAUUAUCCAGCCAGGUCACUGUAUUACUCGGCCAGGUCACUGUAUUAUCCAGCCAGGUCACUGUAAUACUCGGCCAGGUCACUGUAUAUCCAGCCAGGUCACUGUAUUACUCGGCCAGGUCACUGUAUUAUCCAGCCAGGUCACUGUAUUACUCGGCCAGGUCACUGUAUUAUCCAGCCAGGUCACUGUAUUAUCCAGCCAGGUCACUGUAUUAUCCAGCCAGGUCACUGUAUUACUCGGCCAGGUCACUGUAUUAUCCAGCCAGGUCACUGUAUUACUCGGCCAGGUCACUGUAUUAUCCAGCCAGGUCACUGUAUUAUCCAGCCAGGUCACUGUAUUACUCGGCCAGGUCACUGUAUUAUCCAGCCAGGUCACUGUAUUAUCCAGCCAGGUCACUGAAUUACUCAGCCAGGUCACUGUAUUAUCCAGCCAGGUCACUGAAUUACUCAGCCAGGUCACUGUAUUAUCCAGCCAGGUCACUGUAUUAUCCAGCCAGGUCACUGUAUUAUCCAACCAGGUCACUGUAUUAUCCAGCCAGGUCACUGUAUUACUCGGCCAGGUCACUGUAUUAUCCAGCCAGGUCACUGUAAUACUCGGCCAGGUCACUGUAUUAUCCAGCCAGGUCACUGUAUUACUCGGCCAGGUCACUGUAUUAUCCAGCCAGGUCACUGUAUUACUCGGCCAGGUCACUGUAUUAUCCAGCCAGGUCACUGUAUUAUCCAGCCAGGUCACUGUAUUAUCCAGCCAGGUCACUGUAUUACUCGCCAGGUCACUGUAUUAUCUAGCCAGGUCACUGUAUUACUCGGCCAGGUCACUGUAUUAUCCAGCCAGGUCACUGUAUUAUCCAGCCAGGUCACUGUAUUACUCGGCCAGGUCACUGUAUUAUCCAGCAAGGUCACUGUAUUAUCCAGCCAGGUCACUGUAUUACUCAGCCAGGUCACUGUAUUACUCGGCCAGGUCACUGUAUUAUCCAGCCAGGUCACUGUAUUACUCGGCCAGGUCACUGUAUUACUCAGCCAGAUCACUGUAUUAUCCAGCCAGGUCACUGUAUUAUCCAGCCAGGUCACUGUAUUAUCCAGCCAGGUCACUGUAUUAUCCAGCCAGGUCACUGUAUUAUCCAGCCAGGUCACUGUAUUACUCGGCAAGGUCACUGUAUUAUCCAGCCAGGUCACUGUAUUACUCAGCCAGGUCACUGUAUUAUCCAGCCAGGUCACUGUAUUAUCCAGCCAGGUCACUGUAUUACUCGGCCAGGUCACUGUAUUAUCCAGCCAGGUCACUCUAUUAUCCAGCCAGGUCACUGUAUUACUCAGCCAGGUCACUGUAUUACUCGGCCAGGUCACUGUAUUAUCCAGCCAGGUCACUGUAUUACUCGGCCAGGUCACUGUAUUACUCGGCCAGGUCACUGUAUUAUCCAGCCAGGUCACUGUAUUACUCAGCCAGGUCACUGUAUUACUCGGCCAGGUCACUGUAUUAUCCAGCCAGGUCACUGUAUUAUCCAGCCAGGUCACUGUAUUACUCAGCCAGGUCACUGUAUUACUCGGCCAGGUCACUGUAUUAUCCAGCCAGGUCACUGUAUUACUCGGCCAGGUCACUGUAUUAUCCAGCCAGGUCACUGUAUUACUCGGCCAGGUCACUGUAUUAUCCAGCCAGGUCACUGUAUUAUCCAGCCAGGUCACUGUAUUACUCAGCCAGGUCACUGUAUUAUCCAGCCAGGUCACUGUAUUUCUCGGCCAGGUCACUGUAUUAUCCAGCCAGGUCACUGUAUUACUCGGCCAGGUCACUGUAUUACUCGGCCAGGUCACUGUAUUAUCCAGCCAGGUCACUGAAUUACUCAGCCAGGUCACUGUAUUAUCCAGCCAGGUCACUGUAUUAUCCAGCCAGGUCACUGUAUUAUCCAGCCAGGUCACUGUAUUACUCGGCCAGGUCACUGUAUUACUCAGCCAGGUCACUGUAUUAUCCAGCCAGGUCACUGUAUUACUCGGCCAGGUCACUGUAUUAUCCAGCCAGGUCACUGUAUUACUCAGCCAGGUCACUGUAUUACUCGGCCAGGCACUGUAUUAUCCAGCCAGGUCACUGUAUUACUCGGCCAGGUCACUGUAUUAUCCAGCC